AUGUGCUCGGUCGUCGUCUUCAUUACUCGCGGUGCCGCCGCACUCAAUAUUGGUAGUGACGUCCCUAUUCAACACCUUCGAAGUAGUGCAUUCGAUUUGUGCUGCCUUCAUACGACUGUUAAUUAUACUACCGCCCUGUCCCGGAGCUACCAUCUUGAUUUGGAAACCGAAAGCCCUUGUGUCAUUCACUGGGAUACGAGGCAUCAUACUAGAUCACCACAGCGGGCGCUGUGUAACUUCAGAAUGGCUCUUACUAUGCAGCUGGAGGAGCCCGGUCGAGGAACGCGUACGACCUAUCGCACUCGGGAUCGGGCAUACGAAGCGCAAGAUGAAAAGAAAGCGGACACCCUGCGAUUGUUUCCUUCUCCACCAUCCUCCGAUCACCCUGCAUUGCGAUCACGAACACCAGUCGACAAGUCCGCAGCAAAAUCGAGGCCGCCAAACGUCAUCCAUUUCGCAAGCUUUGAUGCCGAUGAGCUUGCGGGCAUGGCGAUCAUGGUCAGCGAAGAGCGUGCCGCGAACACGCAGAAACCGCUCACAUCGAGCAAGUCUACCCACCAGCCCGGGAAUUAUCGGAAUCAUUCGAAGCCACUGCCUUCUGCGCGAAGUCGUCCAGAGUCGUGGUCGAUGCGUCCUGCCGGUAGUGGUGCCCUGAUGCAACAUCUCACUGGCAGCGAUGACGAUCUCCUUGGUGCGACAAAACCUCAGCAGAAUUUUCAAAGUAACUCAUCAUACGAGCUGGCCGAUUUCCUCAGAACGACCGCUCCGAAGCAACCGAGUCGCAAGCCGAGCAGAAUGGAUCUACAAGGUCGUGCGGCCAUGGCGUCACAGCAUGCGUCCCAUUUUCUGAAGCUGGUGCACAAAUCCUCAAUUGCUACGUCCAGUCGAAAGAAACUCGGCAGCCUCUUGCACAGAAAGAACAAUGAUACGGUGACCGAGGUUCAAGAGAUGUUGCCAUCACUGAAUGUCAAGCAGGAAGUCUCGUUAUCAGGCAAUAAAUAUCUCGCUCUCCAGAUCCCAGAGAUAGAAGAAAUAUCGCAAGAGACUCGAGGUGGUCCAGAGUAUAGCCACACUGUGACUCUACGAGACCUUGUGCUUGGUCCAAUGGAACUUAACUCACAUCAGCACCAUAUUAAGUCCAAACGCCAGGAUGACUCGAUCGGAGAACGAAGCGUCUCUAAACACGCGGUUUCUGCUCCGACCAAACUCCCGAGCCUCUUAACCUCGGAGAUGCACCAGCAGACUCUCGCCAGGCCGUCAACUUCGGCCGGGUUCCAUGCAAUUUCGACUUCUCUCCCGACCCAUUCACUGAUGCAUGAGACUUCUUCCAACAGGGAUCGCGAGAACCGGCCCAAGACUUCGCCUACCCAAAGCUCGCCUCCACGGUCACGCCGUCCUCGCGAAUUUGCAAGUCUCUCCUCAAUGGUCAACACUGAGGAUCCUACGCGAGCUGCAGACUCGGCAGAGGCUGGUGCGGCUCUGGCAGCCCAGAAACCGCGACAUCGACGCACAGGAUAUCAUGUUCCAGACGUGCAUGUCAAAGACGAACAGGACUCUGCGAGGAGACAAAAAGCAAGCACCACUUCUGUGCACGCCACGAGUGCACCUUCUGCUGAAGGGGAUGCUGACACGGUGAAAACUUCCGGGCAGAGUCGGCGCCGAGACAAGAGUGGGUCUCUCAGACCAGCGUACGUGUCCCCUGAGAUCGGCUCCCUCAAACGCAGUCGAAAAAGAGCCACGCGAGAACGUUCCGUACGAGACUCAGAUGCGCCGGACAGCGCCAUUUCAACGACUCCAUACGCUGGCUCGGAACAGACAAGACCCAAUCGAGAGCUUACUGCGUCUCACUCGAACGCCGUCUCGGUGGUUGAGAUAUCUAGGACGCAUACAUCUAGACUUGCCAUACCCACGAGCUCACUUGAAAGGAGCAUGAAGACUGCGUCAAUGUCACUACCAGAGGUCUGUGACGCUUCAGGUGUGGGAAUUUGUCAGUAUGAACGUUCCAUGGCCGUAUACGAAUUGCCCGGCAACCACGUCCCUCCUCGACUCAGUUCCGCCGCUGCCACCAAGGAACCUACACCCAAAACCAGAAAGAAGCAAGGCACACGUCCGCCGACCAGAAUCGCGGUCAAUGACGUCAAAACCUACACGCCCCGUCCUCGCUCGGCACACAACGCCAAGAGCGCCGCCCGUCGACGCAGCAGGGCCAGCAUCAUCCUCCCGAGCUCGCACGUCGUUCGAAACGAGCCCUCCGCACCAGAGACGCCCGUGACGCCGCCUUCUCGCGCCCUUCCCGAAACGCCACCUUCCCGCGCACUCCCCGACACACCGCCUUCGGUGAAAUCAAUCGGAGCACCCUCCCAGCGCCGCGAACGCCACAAGGCCAGCAACAGCAGCUCCAGUUCCUCCAGCUACGAGACCAUCGGAUCCCGCGAGCAACCGGCCUAUGAAUACCGCGGCCUGCCUCACAUCGUCAGCCAAGCCCAACGCAUGCCCAUACGGAGCAAGACCUCCCACGUGGACGCCCGCCUCGAGGCGCUCGAGAAGCAGAACGCCCUGCUCUCGGCGGCUUUGAUGGCGGUGCUCAAGACCAAUGGGGCGCUGAACAGUGCGCCGUUGCCCUCGGAGCUGUUGGGGGAUUUCACGCAUCCGGUCUCUUCUGCUUCGGCAGCUUCGUCGUCUGCGGCGACAUCGCAGGAGGUGGGAAGACCGGUGACGAGACAUGGUUUGAGCAACAGCGCGGGCAGUGCGCAUGCUUUGGAUAUGUACAUGUACACUCGAGCACAAUGA